AAUCCAAACCUUCAAAAACAGAACACAAAGACAUGGAUCGAACAAAAUCUCCAAAGCUGGCUCUGUUCGCUGUCUUGGCCACACUCCUUGUCUUAACCGUGAACGGCCAGUCAGGUUGUAACACACACAGGUUCACCAACAACCUCGCCUUCGCCGAUUGCUCCGACCUCUCGGCCUUAGGCUCUUUCCUCCACUGGACCUACAACGAAUCAAACGGCACCGUUUCAAUCGCCUUUCGCCAUCCUGGAACCUCUUCUUCUUCUUGGGUUGCUUGGGGACUUAACCCAAGUAGUACUCAGAUGGUUGGGACACAAGCUCUCGUAGCCUUCACCAACUCAAGUGGUCAAUUCCAGGCCUAUACCUCUUCCGUGAGUUCCUACGGCACACAGCUCCAACGUAGUAGCCUUAGCUUCGGUGUGAGCGGCGUCUCCGCGACUCUGGUCAAUGGCGAGGCUACGAUCUUCGCAACUCUUGAGUUGUCGCCGAAUUUGAUCACGACCAACCAGCUUUGGCAGGUGGGACCUGUUGUUAAUGGUGUUCCUGCGAGUCAUCAAACCUCAGGAGACAAUAUGAGAUCGAGUGGUAGGAUUGAUUUCCGGACUGGUCAGGCAUCAGCUGGUGGUGGGGGUUCCGGUGACAGGCUGAAGAAGAGAAACACGCAUGGAGUACUAAAUGCGGUCAGCUGGGGAGUACUAAUGCCAAUGGGUGCAAUGAUGGCUCGGUACAUGAAAGUCUUCGCCGAUCCAACGUGGUUCUAUCUCCAUAUCGCCUUCCAAGUCUCCGGUUACGUUAUCGGCGUAGCUGGUUGGGCUACCGGAAUCAAGCUUGGUAACGACUCACCGGGAACAUCUUACUCAACCCAUCGUAACCUUGGAAUAGCACUCUUCACAUUUGCCACACUUCAAGUGUUUGCUCUGCUUCUAAGGCCAAAGCCAGACCACAAAUAUCGAACGUACUGGAACGUGUACCAUCACACCGUUGGAUACACAACCAUCAUCCUCGCUAUUGUCAACAUCUUUAAAGGAUUCGACAUUUUGGACCCGGCCGAUAAAUGGCGAUGGGCUUACAUUGGAAUCCUGAUAUUUCUAGGUGCUUGUAUCCUUAUUCUUGAGCCUCUCACUUGGUUCAUCGUUCUUCGCCGCAAGAGCCGUGGAGGUAACACAGUUGCUGCACCAACUUCAAACAAGUACUCUAACGGCGUCAAUGGUACCACCACCACUGGACCGCAUCACCAGGACGCCUAGUUUCACUUAUUGUUUCUACACUUCUUCUUGUUUAAUUUGUUCUACUUCUACGAGAUUUUGGAUUCUUUUUUGAUUUGAUAUGUAGGCUCAUGUCUGUAUGUAUACAAUUUUAUUCAUUGUGUCAUCGAUAGAUCGAUUUAUGGAGUCAUUAAUCUUUUAUAUGUGUGUUUCGUUUUUCUUACAUGCUUCAUGUAUAUAGUACUUGAAUAACGAACGAUGUGAGAU